ACCUCGGGCGGCUCCGCGCCCGCUCCCCCAGCCGCCCCGGGCCAGGCAGCCACCGCCACCCGGCAAGGAUGAAGCUCUGCGGGACCUUCCUCGAAAAUGAGUUUCGGGGUGAGCUGCUGAAUCAGAGGUGGACCUGCGGAGAGAAGAUCAGCAGCUGCGAGGGAGCCGCCAGCCUGCACGGCUCACACAUCAAGAUGAGUUUAGAAAAUGACGAUAAGAGAGCACGCACGCGAUCCAAGUCUGUCAGAGUGCCCACGGAGCUCAUCGGCCAGGAGGUGAGCUGUCCAACCCCAGGCUGUAACGGCUCAGGACACAUCCGUGGGAAGUAUGCGAGACACAGAAGUUUACAAAGUUGUCCUCUGGCAAAGAAGAGGAAACUUCAGGAUGCGGAGGCCGAACAUCUGGUGUCGAAGAGGAAAUCCCAUCCGCUCAAGCUGGCCUUGGAUGAAGGCUACAACGUCGACAGCGACGGCAGCGAGGAGGCCGAGGCGAAGGAGGAGUCUGGCUCCGAUGAGUCGGAGGGGAUGCUGGAGGAGGAUGAGGCGGAGGCAAUGGAGCAGGAGGAGACCCGCAGCCCCGAGCAGGCAGAAGAGAGAAGCCCAGCAAAAUCAACCCAUUAUGGACAAAACACAGCAUCAAGUACGUCUGGGCCCAGCAAGGCCAACUACAGCAGCUACCAAGAAAUAAUCGCCAACUCCCUGCUGAACCUGGGCCAAAUAGCGGAGGAAACCCUCGCCAUCGAGGGGCAGCUGCCCGAGGCGGAGCUGCAGGUGUCCAAACCGCCGUCCAACGUUGUGCAUUUGGUCCACGAGGAUGCGGGAGAGGAGCUGGUGGAAGAGGAGUGCGACAAGGAGAUCAUCAUCCAGACGGAGGAUGCGGAGGAGGUCAUCGAGGUCACCAGCGAGCGCAGCAGCGAGUUGUGCCCAGAGCACAGGGACGAUGCCGCCUGCGAGGAGUCCUGUAAACUGGAAAAGGCUGAGGCAGAGGAGGAGGAUGAGGAGGAGGAAGAGGAGGAUGACGAUGAGGAGGAAGAGGAGGAGGAGGAUGACGAGGAGGAGGAAGAAGAGGAAGAAGACGAGGAUGAAGAGGAGGAGGAGAUGGCUCCUGAAGUGAUCUGCGAAGAAGCUCCUCACACGUCUCAGGACACACAGAAAAGCCACUGUGAAGGGCAGUUCAGCCCGAAACCCGAGUACUCGGUCAUCGUGGAGGUCCGGUCAGACGACGACAAGGACGACGAUGCCCGGUCCCAGAAAUCCGCCGUGACCGACGAGUCGGAGAUGUAUGACAUGAUGACGAGGGGGAACCUGGGGCUGCUGGAACAAGCCAUCGCGCUGAAAGCCGAGCAGGUGAAAAUCGUGCGGGAGCCCAGCCGGCUGCCGGGAGAACACGUGAAGCACUUCCAGGUGGAUGACAAACAGAGCAAACCACUGGACAGCAUCCGAAAGAGCUACUACGGCAAAGAUCCUUCGAGACCCGAGAAGCGAGAAAUCAAAUGUCCGACUCCCGGCUGUGAUGGGACCGGCCACGUCACGGGGCUCUACCCUCACCAUCGCAGCCUCUCGGGCUGCCCGCACAAAGACAGGAUCCCCCCCGAGAUCUUGGCGAUGCACGAGAACGUGUUGAAAUGCCCCACCCCAGGCUGCACAGGACAGGGUCACGUCAACAGCAACCGCAACACGCACAGGAGUUUAUCUGGGUGCCCCAUUGCUGCUGCUGAAAAAUUAGCCAAAUCACACGAAAAGCAACAAACCCAGCCUGGUGAUCCUUCGAAGACCAGCUCCAAUUCUGACCGAAUACUCAGGCCUAUGUGCUUUGUGAAGCAACUGGAGAUCCCUCAGUACGGAAGCUACCGGCCCAACAUGGUCCCAGCAACCCCCCGGGCCAACCUGGCCAAGGAGCUGGAGAAGUACUCCAAGGUCACCUUCGAUUAUGCAAGUUUUGAUGCUCAGGUUUUUGGCAAACGCAUGCUUGCCCCAAAGAUUCAGACUAGCGAAACCUCACCUAAAGCCUUUAAAUGCUUCGACUACUCCCACGACGCUGAGGCUGCGCACAUGGCUGCCACUGCCAUCCUCAACCUCUCCACCCGCUGCUGGGAGAUGCCCGAGAAUCUCAGCACCAAGCAGCAAGAGGCCCCCAGCAAGUCCAUGGACAUUGAGGUGGAUGAAAAUGGGACUCUGGACUUGAGUAUGAACAAACACCGCAAACGGGAGAGCACCUUUCCCAGCAGCAGCAGCUGCAGCAGCAGUCCCAGCAUGAAGUCUCCAGACGUGUCGCAGCGCCAAAACAGCACCAGUGCCACGAGCAGCACCAUGACCUCCCCCCAGUCCAGCCAGACCUCCCGCCAGGACGAAUGGGAUGGGCCCAUCGACUACACUAAACCAAACCGUCAGCGGGAAGAGGAGCCAGAAGAGUCAGAACCUGCCGCUCACUCUUUUGCCUCCUCGGAAGCUGAUGAGCAAGAAGUGUCAGAGGAAAACUUUGAAGAGCGAAAAUACCCAGGGGAAGUUACUUUAACCAACUUCAAGCUGAAAUUCCUCUCCAAGGACAUCAAGAAAGAGCUGCUCACUUGCCCAACCCCAGGCUGUGACGGCAGUGGACACAUAACGGGAAACUAUGCCUCUCACCGCAGCCUUUCUGGUUGUCCUCUUGCUGACAAGAGCCUCAGAAACCUCAUGGCUGCCCACUCUGCUGACCUCAAGUGCCCUACUCCUGGUUGUGAUGGCUCUGGUCACAUAACAGGAAAUUAUGCAUCGCAUAGAAGUCUGUCAGGCUGCCCUCGUGCCAAGAAAAGUGGGAUCAAGAUCACCCCGACAAAGGAUGAUAAAGAAGACCCAGAGCUGAUGAAGUGUCCCGUUCCUGGCUGCGUUGGGCUCGGGCACAUCAGCGGCAAAUACGCCUCUCACCGGAGUGCGUCAGGGUGCCCUCUCGCAGCCCGCAGGCAGAAGGAAGGAUCGCUCAACGGCUCCUCGUUUUCCUGGAAGUCGUUGAAGAAUGAAGGCCCAACCUGCCCUACUCCAGGCUGUGACGGUUCCGGCCAUGCCAACGGGAGCUUCCUCACUCACAGAAGUUUGUCAGGGUGUCCAAGAGCUACUUUUGCUGGGAAGAAAGGAAAACUCUCAGGGGAUGAAAUUCUCAACACAAAGUUCAAGACCAGCGACGUUCUGGAGAACGAUGAAGAGAUCAAACAGCUGAACAAGGAGAUCAGUGAGCUGAACGAAUCCAACUCGGAGAUGGAAGCGGCCAUGGUGAAACUACAGUCACAGGUUGGUGUGCCUGGACGAGCCCCCAAGCCCAAGGGGAACAUGGCCAAGCCCCCUUGCUGGGAGCCAAUUAGUGAGCAGAACUUCGAUGCAUAUGUGAACACGCUGACAGACAUGUACACCAACCAGGAAUGCUACCAGAACCCGGAGAACAAGGACCUGCUGGAGAGCAUCAAGCAAGCCGUCAAGGGCAUCCAGGUUUAGUGCCGUGGAAUGGAGAUGAGCAAGCAAACAGACUUGGCGCAGUACUGCCAGUCCAGAGAUCAUACAUCAAUGCCAGAGAAUGGUUGAGAUUGCGAUGAACAAACCGAAACAAAACAAAGCAAAAGAGGCAAAAAAAACGACAAAAAAGAGAGAUGUUAAUUGAUGGCCAGCAAAGUGCUUACACACCGUGAAUUGGGAGUCGAUUUCUCACAGGUAUCCAUGGGGCAACGAGUAUUUUUUUUUUGGUUUGGUGUUCUAGGUUUGGCGCGAAAUCACAGCGCAAGCGCCAUUCUGCAAAGAAAGAAAAAAAAAGGAAAGAAAAGAAAAGAAAAAAAGGGGUAAAAAAAAGAAAAAAAGAGUAUUCAGGUCAUGGGUAUUCUUCCAAAGAAGCAUUUUGUAAGUAGCUCGGUACACGCAGCCCACUGUGCACCUAAAGAAUAACUCCAUGAAUGUCUUUGCGACGCUGUUCUGCAGCACCCGUUCCAUCGCCAGGGCCAGCUGU